UGUGGAAGGAGAAAUACGGGCGGGCCGUCUCGUAGAAUGUCGGCCGUGACCGUGGUUAUAAGAGGGAGGCACCAAACAGGCUUCGCCGUCACUCUGGCGGGCGUCGGCGGCACCGGGUGCGAAAGCGGCCGACAUGAAAUUGAACACCGGCUUCAUCGUCUUUGUGACGGCGGCCUGCGUUGGUGCGUACGAGGUCAACAAUGCACGCCGGCAGCACUUGACAGGACACCGAAGCAAUGCGUUUGACUUCGGCCCCAGUAGCGCGUCUUCAAAGUUUGUAUUCACUGGCCCAAAUGCGCUAGAACGAAUGCUGUCUCAGAGCAUCGGGCAGAGCCUGGAGCAAGGCAUAAUCAGCGGAACCGGUGGGCAGCGCGCAAUCGUGCAAGAGAUUGGCCAUGGCUUCGACCCCAGCGGGGCUCACAUCGUCGGUCAUACGGGUGUGCAUGGUCUCCAUCAGGCAUUCCCGCCGGGAGCGUUACACGGUAUGGCUUUCACUGGGAUCCAAGGCACUGGACAGGGAUUCCAGCGUAACGUCGGCAAGAGCCUACAACAUGCUGUAGUGCCCAACUUUACACCACAGCUGACGCAGGGCGGCGCUCGCGGGCUAUCCCAGGGCGUCACUAUCGGCGCCGCACGUGGUGCAAACCCCCCCGUCAUACAAGGGAUGACACGCACCAAAACUCAAGCACCACAGCGCACCACAAGCCAGCAGGUGGUACAUGCCAUGGCACCGGCAGGCAGCUACGUUUCCAGCACCAGCUACGGAUCAAAUCCCGGUCUCGUCCGAGCGUUCCAGCCCAAUUAUGGGAGCUCGUACGCAAGUCCGGCAUUCACGAGUAGCGUACACGACGAUUUUACCUUCGGCGAUAGCAAAGUCAUACACGGGCCAACCUUCCUGGUUCACACUUUUGGCAGCGACAGGGAUCCUUAUUUCCGCAGCCACAAGUCUUACGCGAGCAAGAGCCACCGGAGUAGCAAGCCUUACGUGCGAAAAGCCAUUGUGAUAAAGGAGAAAGGCCGCCAUCGACAAUGAGUGAUGCUGCAAAGUGAUGCGAGGCAUGCAUUGAAACUACAUCGUACAAAAAGGUAAUAACUAA